AUGGGCGGCCUCUUUCAGCACGAGGAAACAGGACACGAGGAUAGAAACAGGAAGUUAGAAACACAAAAGUUGAAACAGCCACGCCUCGCCCAGGCCACGCCUCGCCCAGGCCACGCCUCGCCCAGGUCACGCCUCGCCCAGGCCACGCCUCGUCCAGACCACGCCUCGCCCAGGCCACGCCUCGUCCAGGCCACGCCUCGCCCAGGCCACGCCUCGCCCAGGUCACGCCUCGCCCAGGCCACGCCUCGUCCAGACCACGCCUCGCCCAGGCCACGCCUCGCCCAGACCACGCCUCGUCCAGACCACGCCUCGCCCAGGCCACGCCUCGCCCAGGCCACGCCUCGUCCAGACCACGCCUCGUCCAGGCCACGCCUCGUCCAGAUCACGCCUCGUCCAGGCCACGCCUCGUCCAGGCCACGCCUCGGCCAGGCCACGCCUCGCCCAGGCCAGGCCUCGCCCAGACCACGCCUCACCUCGCCCAGGUCACGCCUCGCCCAGGCCACGCCUCGGCCAGGCCACGCCUCGCCCAAGCCACGCCUCGCCCAGGCCACGCCUCGGCCAGGCCACGCCUCGCCCAAGCCACGCCUCGGCCAGGCCACGCCUCGGCCAGGCCACGCCUAG